AUUUUGAUGGGAGAAAUUACCGUAUACAAGUACAGUUAUACAGUAAGUAUUGUUUUAAUUUGUUGGGUUUUGAGUUGUUGUCCUCAGGCAAUGAAUAGUUUAAGUGUAAAGUAUUCAUGCUUAAUUCUGGGAACAUGUUCCUAAAAAUAAAUGCUACUUAUUUGCAUCUGCACAUUCUCAAAUUUCUUCAUUUCCCGUCUUUAUGUAAGUGCCAAUAUUCUCAAUUCUCAGUUGUCGGCUCCCCCUUCAAAACGCCUUUGGUCUGCAUUCUAAGCAUUUGUUCAUGAACAUUUUGAACUCGGUUGGCCAAAGUUAUUUUCACUUUUUUUCUUUUCAAAUUUCACAAUGAAAUAUGUUCUUUUUAAGUGAAAUGAUCCACAGUAUCCAGUUCAACAUUCAAAAACACACUGUAUGGCCUUUGUUUCUAUCUCAAAGCAGUGGUAAAAUGAUUGUUCAUCCGACGUCUAGAUCUGUCAUGGUUAAUAUUUGUGGGAGAAGUCCAAGAAGAUAAAGGGUCAGAAUGUGGAUACCUACUUUUUUAUUAGCCUAUAUUUUAGUCUUCCUUUUGCAGUUAUGGAUGUAGUAAGGUUAAGUUUACUAUAAUUGAUGCAUUUAUUAGGUGCUGCACUACAUUCCUAAAUUUGUUAAGCUGGUAACAUUUGGUUUCAAAGUAAAAUUGGGUUUUCAGUAGAAUUAAAGGUGAAAAGCCCAAGAAUACGAAAAGGAAGUAGCUUUUUACACGUUUUCAGUAGAUAGGCGUUGGAAUCGUGAGCAAAAUGGAAGAGCAGAAGAGAAGGGUGGGUCCAUGUUCUCAUCACGUGCUGCUGCCUCUCCUUAGAUAGAUGAUUAGCGUUACUAUUAUAUAGCCUUGUUCACUAUCCAUCUACCCAACACCCAUUUUUUCUCUUUCUCUGCUUUUGAGACUAUAAUAAUUUCUGGAUUAUCAAAUGAUUAAGAAAUUAUACUUCAAGUGAAGAUAGAUAUCUUAUCUCUUUGUCAGCAUCCAGCAAUUUAGUUCAGCAAGCCUCCGAGGAGAAUGGAUAUCCAUUAUGGCAAGUGUUGGGACACUUCAAAGAAGUCUUGGAAGAGUACACUGAUUCUGGCAUACCAGAGUCUUGGGGUAGUGUAUGGCGAUCUCAGUAUUUCCCCGCUCUAUGUCUACAAAAGCACAUUUGCAGAAGACAUUCAUCAUUCGGAGACCAAUGAAGAGAUUUUUGGCGUUCUUUCUUUCGUUUUUUGGACUUUAACUCUAGUUCCUCUAUUCAAAUAUGUCUUUAUUGUGCUUCGAGCUGAUGACAAUGGAGAGGGUGGUACUUUUGCCUUAUAUUCCUUAAUAUGCAGGCAUGCCAAAGUUAGCCUUCUGCCUAACAGACAAGUUGCCGAUGAAGCUCUUUCUACCUACAAACUUGAGCACCAUCCUGAGACGAAGAACAGCUCAAGGUUGAAGUUGCUUCUUGAAAAGCACAAGUCCUUACACACUGCUUUGCUGAUCUUGGUGCUUCUUGGCACUUGUAUGGUGAUUGGAGAUGGACUGCUUACUCCAGCCAUAUCUGUAUUCUCUGCGGUUUCUGGCCUUGAAUUAUCGAUGUCUCGGGAACACCAUCAAUAUGCAGUGAUUCCAAUAACUUGCUUCAUAUUAGUCUGCCUAUUCGCAUUACAACAUUAUGGCACACAUCGAGUUGGUUUUUGUUUUGCUCCAAUUGUGAUGACCUGGCUACUCUGCAUUAGUGCUCUUGGGUUAUACAACAUUAUCCACUGGAAUCCACAGGUUUAUAAAGCUCUUUCCCCCUAUUACAUGAUAAAGUUCCUGAAGAAAACAAGAAAAGGAGGAUGGAUGUCUUUGGGUGGAAUUCUGCUCUGCAUUACUGGUUCUGAAGCAAUGUUUGCUGAUCUUGGGCACUUCUCGCAUACUGCAAUUCAAAUUGCAUUCACCUUUCUGGUUUAUCCAGCACUAAUUUUGGCGUAUAUGGGUCAAGCAGCUUUCUUAUCGAGGCAUCACCACACCAUUCACAAGAUUGGUUUCUAUGUAUCAGUUCCAGAUUGUGUGAGAUGGCCAGUGCUAGUAAUAGCAAUUCUGGCUUCUGUUGUGGGAAGUCAGGCAAUCAUCAGCGGAACAUUCUCAAUUAUCAACCAGAGUCAAUCCCUUGGUUGCUUCCCAAGAGUCAAGGUGGUUCACACCAAUGCCAAAAUACAUGGCCAGAUAUACAUUCCCGAGAUCAAUUGGAUACUCAUGAUUCUCUGUGUUGCUGUGACUAUUGGAUUCAGAGACACAAAGCACAUGGGAAAUGCGUCAGGACUAGCAGUGAUGGCGGUGAUGCUAGUGACCACUUGCCUUACUUCAUUAGUUAUCAUCCUCUGCUGGAACAAACCUCCAAUACUGGCCCUUGGAUUUCUCCUUCUGUUUGGUUCUAUUGAGUUACUCUACUUCUCAGCCUCUGUCAUUAAGUUUCUUGAGGGCGCUUGGCUUCCAAUCCUGCUUGCACUCUUUUUGGUUACUGUCAUGUUUGUUUGGCACUACGCCACAGUUAAAAAGUAUGAAUAUGAUCUCCACAAUAAGGUUUCGUUGGAAUGGCUGCUGGCACUAGGUCCAAGCUUGGGUAUUACUCGAGUCCCUGGCAUCGGCCUCGUAUUCACUGAUUUGACUUCUGGGAUUCCAGCAAACUUCUCACGUUUUGUUACCAACCUCCCUGCCUACCACCGGAUACUCGUUUUUGUGUGUGUGAAAUCCGUGCCUGUCCCUUUUGUUCCCCCAGCUGAGAGAUACCUCGUAGGCCGUGUUGGUCCUGCAGCUCAUCGUUCCUAUAGAUGCAUUGUCCGUUAUGGUUACCGUGACGUUCACCAAGAUGUCGACUCCUUUGAAUCCGAACUUGUCAGUAGGCUGGCUGAUUUCAUCCGGUAUGAUUGGUACAAGGCACAUGGCAUCAUCGACACGUGCAACGAAGAUGACUGCUCACGGUCUGGUGCAUCAUCGGGAGAAUGUAGACUGACAGUUAUAGGAACUCUGGAUUUGUCAGGUACACCAGCUUUCGAGCUCGAAGAAAAUAUGCAGCCUGCAAGCGUGUCUGUCGGGUUCCCUACAGUUGAAAGUGUGACGGAUGUGAUAGAGAUGCAACCUGUGGAAAGAAGAGUGAGAUUUGCUAUAGAUGACGAGUCGGAAGUGGAUUUAAGGGGGGAAAUGGAUUCUCAGCUACAGGAAGAGCUAGAAGAUUUGUAUGCAGCACAACAAGCAGGGACAGCAUUCGUACUAGGACAUUCACACGUGAAAGCAAAACAAGGAUCAUCUGUGUUGAAGAGGUUGGCUAUAAAUUAUGGUUAUAAUUUCCUUAGGAGGAAUUGCAGGGGUGCAGAUGUAUCCCUCAAGGUUCCUCCAGCAUCCCUUCUUGAAGUUGGCAUGGUCUACAUUGUUUAAGUCAUCUCACUCUACUCGUAUAGCAAUGUAUCUUAUUAGGACCUUUUUAUUUAGAGGGGUAAAAUGUAAUUAUGCAGAUUGCUGAAGUUUUAUCAUUUGAUCUCUUAUCUAUUCAUUCUCGAAAUAGAAUAA